GAGUUGUCUUAUGUUCUCUCUUCCUUCUUUUCUCUCGGCACUCACGAGACGGAUCAACCGGAUUGAUCACGAUUGCGCACCCGCGAAAUAAAGGAAGAUCCAUGAUGGUUGUGUCAUCUUUGUGUUCGUUGUUGCUCGACCUGCGACAUCGGAGCAUUAAGUAUAGUAAGGACUUUCUUUCCUUGUUCGUCCGCAAGGCACAGUGUCAAUUUUUGAGCCAAAACGUUGUCCAAAGGCGGGAGAAGCGCGUACUUAAUAGUUCCACGAUUGAGCCGUCAUUUGGCGCAAUCGCAACAAAGCUACAUGGAGAAACCAGAAAGACGAGUUCGUCUGCUUUGCUAAAGAAAGCUCUUCUCACUUCCGCCCUAUUUCCAUGGGGGGGCGGUGCGCCAGGCGCAUCGGCUUUGACGAACGGUGAGAAGGCGUUCGAGACCAAAGUCGAUGGUGAAAACACCGCGAUUUCGGAAGAUACUGCGAGGGCUGCGGUACUUGAUGAUGCUCAGCUGUUAGACAUGUUUUUCGUUUUUUUUCUCUUUUAUCUGUAUCAAUGGCUUGAUAGUCCUGAUGUUCUUUACUUGGCAGGCUUCCUGUCUUCUGAGGUGCAAUAUAAUUUAUUACGUCCCGUAAUUGAGUAAACCUGGCAUACACAUAAGAAAGGAUCGCCUGAAUUUCUCACAGAAAUACGAGCUGCGCGGCGCGGCGAACAAGCAGUUGUACCCCCGGAAGGAGGAGGACAACGAGGGAGACGCGAAUGCCGUGCCGGACACCUCGUUUGUCCAGGUAGGAUGGGGACAUGAUACGUUUAAAAAGGAAAUGCACAAACUGCAGCGCGAAUUCUUCACGGAAAUCGAAAAUCUAAAGGAGAAGAUAAAGACCAAGAUCACACACAUCAUACACGAACAUCAAAAACACGGGAACACUAGGAACACGAAGGACGCGGACUCGCAGGUGGUUCACGAAGAGGAAGAACACACGGAAUGCGAAUGGCAGGAUGGCGUGCAGCCUACGGUCGAGAGCGGUAUCCAAAGCCCCGCGAGCGCUAAUACAGCACCGAGAGCACCGGACGGGGAUUAUGAGCCGGACUUCUACGGCAGAAGCAGAACUACGUACGGUGGUUCUACGCUCGUCGCGGGUAAUACCCACAACGCCCACGCAAAUCGACCCCGCCAAAGGGGCCACAAAAUCGACCCUGAGAGAAAAGCGAUCGCGGACAUGCUGAAAAGCAAAAGUCUCGGCACAAUAAAGGAGGCGGUGGGGUUGGCAAGGCAGAAGGGCUUUAUUUUCAUCACAGACGACUUGUUUAAAUUGGCCCAUCGGGUUGGGCAUCGCAAUAAGCAAGAAGAAGCGAGAUUCCAUACGUUGUUGCAAAAAUUUGAACAUGGCAAAUUGUAACAAGAAGAGUGAUAUUUUGCUGGUGGAGGACGACUUGUGGUGGCAACUGAGUUUGUUUUUCAUGUUGCUCUACUCAUCCCAAAGCCAAAAGAGUAAUUACAGUAUUACCCUGUAUAAUGUCGUCGCAGUCAGC